ACCAUAUCUCGCUGCAGUUGUCUCCUAGUGUAAUAUGAUGUCUUCCUUUCUAUUAUUGUAAACCAAGCCGAUUGAGAUAAACUGAAUGUUUCUAACGCAAUUAAUUGCAAAUUAAUAUUAGUCCGAUUUUUUUCGCAGUUUCAUUUUCAUUUUCUUAUCUUCAAGACACUCCAAUUUUUUGAACUUCUUGGAGUGAAGCCGACUCUCUCAAGCCGCUAUAGCAUUCACAUGUAAUGGAUUUUUCUCACUCUGCGUUUCUUUCUAUGAAUCCUUCGCCUCUCACUCCAAGAUUCUUACAAACUCUGAAUUCUCCGUUCCUCUCCCCGUGCUCUGUUUGGAGGUUAAAACAAGCAUCUUCAAAUUCGAGAACUCGAUUUUCCCCUCUUCGAUCCCAACGAUCGCCGACCAAAACCCUCGUUUUGUCUGCACAGUCUAGUCUCCUGAAAGUUCUUAGAACCGCGUGGAAUAUUGGUAGAGAUGGAAUCGAAGCUGGAACCAGUCUUGUACCAGUUUCUGUGCCUAGACCAGUUGCUAGAAUCUCAGUGACAACUGCAGUAUUGGCGGUUUCGUUGUUCGUUCUCAAGUCGUUUCUAUCAACAGCGUUCUUCGUAUUGGGUACAAUGGGCUUUGCAUAUUUCUUAUUCAUAGCCUUAAACAAAGAUGAAGUUCCUAAACAAAGAAGAGGAGAUAAUAGUUCUGGUUCCAAACCAAUGGAUGAUCCACUUGAAGAAGCAAAGAAAAUUAUGGACAAGUACAAGUAAGCUUAAGAUAAGAGAGAUCUUCCAUGUAUACAGAUACAAUACUUAGGUAUGUCUUAUGUGUUUUGAUUUAAGAUCAACUCGCUAUAAAGUGUAAAACAAGGGAUUGGUAAAGGAUGGGUUCAUGAAUUGGAUACCUUGAAUAGGUUACAACAUUAAAGCAACCAUUGAUAUUUGAGAAAUGUACACUUUGAGACACUUUUUUACUUUUAGUUUACAAAUAGACACUUCUACAUGAG